AUGCCAGAUCCCAAAUUCCCUCGCCAUGCGCCUGUCGAUAGGCCGUACUAUAACUUAGGGACGUACGCUCGCACCAACACGACGCAAGGCGCUGAAGCCAAAGUAUGGUUCGAUCGCGGACUUCGUUGGGUGUACGCGUUCAACCAUGAAGCGGCCAUCGAAUGCUUCGAGGCAGCUAUCGCGUACGAUGAUGAUUUUGCUUUGGCUCAUUGGGGUGUGGCGUACUCGCUUGGUCCGAACUACAACAAGCCUUGGGGCUUCUUUGACGAAGAUGAGCUGCAAUCCACUAUCGAGAGGACUCGUUCAGAGACACUGAAAGCCAUGCGAGCCGUGGAGAAGUCGUCGUCACCUGUUGAUAAGGCACUGGUUGAUGCCCUGCAAUAUCGAUACCAAGCAGACAAAGCUCCUUCGGAUUGCUCAAUUUGGAAUGCAGACUUCGCAGAAGCCAUGAGGAAAGCGUACGCCGCACACGGGGAUGACUUAGACGUUACAGCGCUGUUUGCUGACUCACUCAUGAAUCUUACUCCGUGGGAUCUGUGGGACUUGCGCAGUGGUCAGCCGAAAGACGGUGCAAAGACCUUCGAGGCGAAGGAAGUCCUUGAGAAGGCAUUCAAGCAGCCAGGAGGACUAGAGCAUCCUGGAUUGCUGCAUCUAUAUAUCCAUCUGAUGGAACAAUCGCCGAACCCGGGUGAUGCGCUACCGAUUGCCAACAGGCUCCGAGGCUUGCUGCCCGACGCUGGGCACCUCAACCAUAUGCCAACCCACCUGGACAUUCUCUGUGGUGACUAUGCCAAAGCUGCGCAGUGGAACACCACCGCGAUUGAGGCCGACAACAAGUACUUGGCGAGUGUCGGGCCGCUCAACUUCUAUUCGUUGUAUCGGUGUCACGACUACCAUUUCAAAAUCUAUGCUGCCAUGUUCGCCGGUCAGUACCAGGUGGCUAUCAAGACAGUCACUGAAAUGGAGGAAACCAUGCCUGACGACUUGAUGCGUAUCAAGUCACCGCCCAUGGCUGAUUGGAUGGAGAGCGCUCUAUCAUUCCGCUACCAUGUUUUUGUUCGGUUUGGAAAGUGGCAAGAAGUGAUCGAUUGGAAGUUGCCGAGUGAUCCCGAUUUAUACUGCUUCACGACUGCGAUCGCGCAGUACGCCAAGGGUAUUGCGUACGCUGCAACAGGCCAGAUAGAUCAGGCGGCCGAGCAGCGUAAGAAAUUCCGGCAAGCUGCUGCCAGUAUUCCAGAAUCCCGCAUGCUUUUCAACAACAAGUGCAAAGACUUGUGCCACAUCGCGGCAGCCAUGCUUGAUGGUGAAAUCGAAUAUCGCAAAAACAAUUUUGAGGAAGCUUUCAGCUAUCUUCGGCAGGCUAUUGAGUACGAUGACACUUUACCGUAUGACGAGCCUUGGGGGUGGAUGCAGCCCACGAGGCACGCCUAUGGCGCAUUGCUUUUGGAGCAGGGCCGAGCAGAAGAGGCAGCGGCCGUGUACAAGGCUGAUUUGGGCUACGAUGAGACCCUACCGAGAGCGUUGCAGCAUCCCAACAACGUCUGGUCGCUUCAUGGCCUCUCCGAAUGCCUGACUAGAUUGGGCAAGGAGACCGAGUUGAAGACACUCAAGCCAAAGCUGGAUGCAGCGCUGGCAGUGACGGAUGUGUCGAUCAAGUCGUCGUGUUUCUGUCGACUUCACGUGCCUGAGGCGGCUUAUGAUUGA